CCAACAACGAAUUAAAAUAAUAGUAAUUGUGUGUUGGUAAUUUGAGAAGUACUUCUUCCGUGUAAAAAAUAAACCUAAUAUUCAUCUAAAUUUAUAAUAGUAGGAUGUAUCAUAUCAUACUAUUUUAUUUUUUUACGAGACGAAUGGAGUAGGAAAGACGAGUUGUUUUUUAUGGGAUUGAGGGAGUAGUCUCUAAAACCUAAAUAGCAUCCAUGUCUGGACGUCCUACACAACAGCGUCCAUUUGAGAGUGGGACAAGGGCUUCUCAGUUCUCACUGAAUUAGCUAGGGCUGCCUCGUCUCUUAUUCUUUGCAAGACUCCAGAUCUUCGAUGUAUUGAAUAUUGCAACCACUUACAAGUAAAAAUCUAUUCUCUUUGUCCAAAAAACCAACCUCAUACUACAAUCCUAAAAAACCUAACCUUAGACUAGAAUGAAUCUGGACAUACUCUAUGUCUAGAUUCGUGUGUUUUUUUUUGAACGGAGGAAGUUGCAGGGAGCCAGGGAGCAUGACCUAAUAAGCCUUGAUUUUUUUUUGUUUCAUUUCCUAACAAGAGCACCCUCGUGUUAACCACACUGCAAGGACGCCAAUUAGCUGCUCGUCGCCUGCGGCUAAGGCCUCCGGUAAUCACUGAAGCUACUGAGAAUUUCUGUUUAGUGUGUAAUACAACGUGGCAAUCAAGCUCAAGAUAGAAGAAAAGGAAAAUAAGUGACAGGACGACGUGAAGAAUACAUGGGAUUUAAUUUAAAAAAAUUUCAGUACCAUCCACGCCAAAAUUAAGGGUGUGUUUAGUUGCACGUUAAAAUUAAAAGUUUGAAAAAAUUAAAACGAUGUGAUGAAAAAGUUAAAAGUUUACUCUCUCCGUCCCAAAAAAAGAUAACCUAGUACUAUGAUGUGACACAUACUAAUACAAUGAAUUUGGAUAUAGAGUAUGUCCAGAUUCAUUAUACUAUAAUAUAUCACAUCGUAGUAUGAGAUUGAGUUUUUUUAUAGAGGGAAGGGAGUAUGUGUGUAGAAAAGUUCGAUGUGACGAAAAAGUUGGAAGUUUGAAAAAAAAAUUAGAAUCUAAACAGGAACUAACCCAAAAACUUACUCGCGCCUCCUCUCGUGCGGAGGCGGGAGCAGAGAUGCCGCCGCCGCCGCCGUUCCCGUCGCUGGACGCCUUCUACCUCCACCUCCUCCGCGCCUGCACCUCGCUGCGCCACGCCGCCGCCGUCCAUGCCCACAUCGCCCGCGCCCACCCGGCCGCCUCCCUUUUCCUCCGCAACACCCUCCUCGCCGCCUACUGCCGCCUCGGGGGCCCACUCCCCGCGCGCCGCCUGCUCGACGAAAUGCCCCGCCGCAACGCCGUCUCCUUCAACCUCCUCAUCGACGCCUACUCCCGGGAAGGGCUCGCGCCCCUCUCUCUGGAGACCCUCGCGCGGGCGCGGCGCGCGGGGGUCGACGUCGACCGGUUCUCGUACGCGGCCGCGCUCGCCGCGUGCUCGCGGGCGGGGCACCUGAGGGCCGGCAGGGCCGUGCACGCGCUGGCCAUUCUUGAUGGUCUCUCCAGCGGGGUGUUCGUCUCCAAUUCGCUUGUCAGCAUGUACUCCAAGUGCGGCGAGAUGGGCGAGGCGAGGCGUGUGUUCGACGUUGCCGAGGAGAGGGAUGAUGUCUCCUGGAACUCGUUGGUCUCAGGGUAUGUGCGCGCCGGCGCGCGCGAGGAGAUGGUAAGGGUGUUUGCUAUGAUGCGCCGCGGUGGAAUGGGUCUGAAUUCAUUUGCUCUUGGGAGUGUCAUCAAGUGUUGCUCUGGCCGUGGAGAUGGAACAAUGGACAUCGCUGAGGCAGUUCAUGGAUGUGUUAUAAAGGCUGGGCUUGACUCUGAUGUGUUUCUUGUGAGCGCCAUGAUUGACAUGUAUGCCAAGAAAGGUGCCUUAGUGGAAGCUGCCGCGCUCUUUCGGUCGGUGCAAGAGCCCAAUGUGGUCAUGUUCAACACUAUGAUUGCCGGUUUUUGUCGUACUGAGACUGUAAUUGGUAAGGAAGUUGCAAGUGAAGCGCUAACUCUGUAUUCAGAGGUGCAGAGUCGUGGAAUGCAGCCUACUGAGUUCACAUUCUCUAGUGUGUUACGGGCUUGCAACCUUGCUGGUUACCUUGAAUUUGGAAAACAAAUACAUGGCCAAGUGAUCAAGUACACUUUCCAGGAAGAUGAUUUCAUCGGGAGUGCGCUUAUUGACUUGUACUUCAACUCUGGCUGUAUGGAAGAUGGGUUUAGGUGCUUCAGAUCCAGCCCCAAGCAUGAUAUUGUUACCUGGACAGCAAUGGUUUCUGGGUGUGUUCAAAAUGAACUUCAUGAGAAGGCUCUGAGUUUGUUUCAUGAAUCUUUAGGUGCUGGAUUGAAACCGGAUCUUUUUACUAUAUCUAGUGUGAUGAAUGCAUGCGCAAGUUUAGCUGUUGCAAGGGCUGGUGAGCAGAUCCAGUGCUUUGCCACGAAAUCUGGUUUUGACCGGUUCACUGUCAUGGGGAACUCUUGCGUGCAUAUGUAUGCUAGAUCAGGGGAUGUUGAUGCUGCAACUCGGAGGUUUCAGGAAAUGGAAUCACACGAUGUUGUCUCUUGGUCUGCAGUGAUAUCAUGCCAUGCACAGCAUGGUUGUGCAAGGGAUGCUUUACAUUUUUUUGAUGAAAUGGUGGAUGCAAAGGUGGUGCCAAAUGAGAUCACUUUUCUUGGUGUCCUUACUGCCUGUAGCCAUGGAGGAUUGGUUGAUGAGGGACUCAGGUAUUAUGAAACUAUGACUAAGGAUUAUGGGUUGAGUCCAACCAUAAAGCAUUGCACUUGUGUUGUUGAUCUCCUUGGACGAGCUGGGAGACUAGCUGAUGCUGAGGCUUUUAUAAGCAAUUCAAUCUUCCAUGCUGACCCAGUCAUUUGGCGGUCUUUGCUGGCCUCAUGUCGAAUUCAUAGAGACCUGGAGAGAGGUCAACUUGUCGCGAAUCGGAUAAUGGAACUAGAACCCACUUCGUCAGCGUCCUAUGUAAUUCUUUACAACAUGUACCUGGAUGCUGGGGAGCUCUCGUUGGCUUCAAAAACUAGGGAUCUGAUGAAACAGCGAGGUGUGAAGAAAGAACCUGGCCUGAGUUGGAUAGAACUGAAGUGUGGAGUUCACUCUUUUGUUGCUGGUGACAAGUCUCAUCCAGAGAGCAGUGCAAUAUACACAAAACUGGAAGAGAUGCUUUCCAGGAUCGAGAAGUUGGCGACCACUGAUACUGAAAUCUCUAAAAGGGAGCAAAAUCUGAUGAAUUGCCAUAGUGAAAAACUAGCUGUGGCAUUAGGAAUGAUUCACUUGCCUCAGUCAGCACCUAUAAGAGUAAUGAAGAAUCUGAGAGUUUGUCGUGAUUGCCACUCAACAAUGAAACUGAUAUCAAAGAGUGAAAACAGAGAGAUCAUAUUGAGAGAUCCAAUUCGCUUCCAUCACUUUAGAGAUGGUUCAUGUUCUUGCGCUGAUUAUUGGUAGUGACCCAUACAAUGGUUUAUAAAGGAAUUAUUGGAUUUUGUACUUUUCAGGCUGCCCCAGUAAGGAAAUGGGACACUUGGGAAGCGUUGAAUAUGUUCAGAAGAGAUGCUAAUUGGUAUCUGUCUUGGUUUCUGGAAAGAGGGCAAUCAGCAUAAACAAUUAUUUCUUGGGAUCUACUUGACAACAUGGAUCAUGUUUCUGUAAUUAGAGACACCGAUGAUAUAUACUGUAUUUGAUCUGCAGCAUUCUUUUGUUGUUAUCUGACUAUAGCUUACUAGAGUGAUUAGCUCAACUAAUGAAGCUUAGAGUGCUUUUGUAGUUUUGUACAGGCGAAUGAUACCUCAAUGUUCUCUUUUUCCUGACUUGAUUGUAGUUGUCCUAACAUGCCGACCGUCAGUUUGCAAAUGUUGUACGAAUUGAAAACAGAGUUCGUUCUAUAAACUUUAUACGCACUUA